UUCCAGUGAAGGAGGAGGAGGAGGAGGAGGCGGAGGAAGGAAUGCUGCAGUGUGCUUAUUAUUAUGGCUGUCAAAGCCAGCGGCGAUUAUGUUAGAUAAAACAUCCUUUUUCAUGUAAGAUUUACGAGGAUGAUAUGCACCAUGUCCGCUGCAGCCGUCGCGGUAUGGCUCGGUACGGUUUACAUUGUGCAUGCCUUUGAUGCCAAAGACACCGCUUUACAUGAAGGAAAUGUCCACAUGGAGAGAUCCAUGGGACUGAAGCACAGAACAGCCGUGUACAAAGAUGUGGUGACCAUCUUGUCAAGAUCGCACGCAGACCGCAACGUCUACCCGUCCGCCGGGGUGCUGUUCGUCCACGUUCUGGAGAGAGAGUACUUCAAAGGAGAGUUUCCUCCCUACCCCAAAUCAGGUGAUGCCAGCAAUGACCCAAUCACUUUCAACACCAACCUGAUGGGCUACCCCGACAGGCCGGGCUGGCUGCGCUACAUCCAGAGGACUCCUCACAGCGACGGAGUGCUCUAUGGCUCCCCCACUGCAGAGCAUGUUGGCAAGGCCACCGUCAUAGAGAUUACAGCCUAUAACAGACGCACUUUCGAGACGGCACGGCACAACUUGGUCAUAAACAUCAUGGGCACAGAAGAGUUCCCUCUGCCCUACCAGGCAGAAUUUUACAUCAGAAACAUGAAUGUGGAGGAGAUGCUGGCCAGCGAGGUGCUUGGGGACUUCCUAGGAGCGGUGAAGAACGUAUGGCAGCCUGAGCGUCUCAACGCCAUCAACAUCACCUCGGCGCUGGACCGUGGCGGCCGCGUGCCCCUGCCCAUCAACAACCUCAAGGAAGGAGUGUACGUGAUGGUUGGCGCUGACGUUCCCUUCUCGUCGUGCCUGCGGGAGGUGGAGAGCCCACAUAACCAGCUGCGCUGCAGUCAGGAGAUGGAGCCUGUGAUCAGCUGUGACAAGAAGUUCAGAGCUCAGUUUCACAUCGAUUGGUGCAAGAUCUCUCUGGUCGACAUCAACAAAGUGGUCCCGGUAUACAUUACCCGCCCCAACCCCGGCACCGGGAUCCUGCCUGAAUUUGGGGAAUACAAACCCCCCUCCGAGUCUCUGAAGACUCGGGACUACUUUUCAGACUUCCUUAUCACACUGGCCGUUCCCUCCGCUGUGGCACUAGUCCUCUUCUUCAUCCUCGGCUACACUAUGUGCUGCAGACGGGAAGGGGUGGAAAAAAGAAACAUGCAAACACCAGACAUCCAGCUGGUUCACCACAGCUCCAUCCAGAAGUCCAGCAAGGAGCUGCGGAGCAUGUCUAAGAACCGGGAGAUCUCGUGGCCCCUCUCCACCCUGCCGGUCUUCAACCCAGUCAGCGGCGAGGUGGUGCCACCCAUCCACCCGGACAACUACGAGACCACCAGCAUGCCCCUCAUGCAGACACAGACGAACCUGCAAAACCAGAUUACGAUACCACAGCAACGGCCAUCAGGAGAGAAUUAUGUCAUGUCGACAUUUCGAAGGCUGGAGGUAAAUGGUAUUCCUGAGGAGAGAAAGGUGGCCGAAGCACUGAACUUGUGACCAGACUCCAGUGUUCGGAGCUGACCUCAUAUCUAUCUUUUUUGUUUGUUUGUUUUCUAAAAAUUUGUGCCAAUCUGCAUGCCCCAGAAGUGUCUUUAAAAAGAUUUAUUGUCCAUAUGCACUUAACACCUUAAGGAGUGAGAGUGUGGAAGAGAACAAAAGAGCUUAGCUAAUUAUAAAGAUACAUUACAGUAUUUUGAAAUAUUUGUGUAAAUGUGUUUUUACUUGCUUUUCACAACAGACCUCUUAGAGGAAAAGGGAAUUUUACAAGGAAACGCUUGUCAUUGCAAGUUGUCGUGUCAUGUAUGUAACAGUGUCACAUGAUAAAUUCUUUCCAAGUAAUUUGCAUUGACUGUAAGUACCUCUAAUAAUGUCUGAAUUACAUGGAAGGUAUGUUUUUGUCCAAAAAAGAAGCCAAACCAGCACAUUUUAUGAAGGUAUUAUUAACAAUGUACAACAGAAUAAAGGCAUUUAUAAAUAAAAUGGAUACAUUUCACAUUUUAAGACAUCACAAUUUUUUUUUUUUUUUUUUUUUUUUUUUUGUACAUGUAACAUAUUUCAAAGAGGCCCUGCACAGGGGUAUAAAUAGUUGUUGCUUUUACACGACCGAAAAGAUCUAUUAAGGCCUGAAACAAUUACCAAAUUUAUAGCUGUUGAUCAGUAAUAGACGAGAAAACGGAGCAAUAAACUUCAUCCAUUAAUUGAAAUUGUAACAUGGAUAUCUCAUCUAUACAAUGAGGUGAUGACUGGCUAUAGAAAUUACAAAUUUACUUGGCUCUUGUUCAGUUUGAGAACACAACCCGAACUCCACAUCAUCAGAAAAAUGACGAGAGAAGCCUCGAAAGACGUAGACAAAUUGUUCCACCGUGAAGAAAAAUGAAUUCUUCGUGGACCCACGUUUUUUUUUUAAAAAGCAGCUACAUAAACGUGUAGAAACGAUUGACACCGCAAUCUUUUACUACCCCACUGUAGAUGAAAUAUGCAACUCAAAAUGAAUGCAUUACAGUAUUACAUUAUACUUUUUUUUUUUUAUAUCUGCAAAAUGACAAAACAUUUGCCCAAUAAAAAUGUGCUAAAGUACAGAAAGUAUCUGCGCUGGUACCAUGUUAAACUUAUGUUUAACAUUGCAUUUCACUGCAAAGAUGGAAAAAAAUGCAGAUUAAAAAGUGCUAAUCUCUCUUAAAUGUUUGAGGAUAUAUAGGCAAAGACACAUCACUCAUUUGUCAACUGACAAAAUAUACAAUUUUUUUUUUUUUUUUUUUUU